AUGACUGAGCAGAUGACAGUGAGGGGCACCCUGAAGGGCCACAGUGGAUGGGUGACCCAGAUCGCCACGACGCCGCAGUACCCCGACAUGAUUCUGUCGGCGUCCCGAGACAAGAGCAUCAUCAUGUGGAAGCUCACCCGUGAUGAGACCAACUACGGAAUCCCCCAGCGAGCGCUUACAGGACACUCUCACUUCGUAAGUGAUGUUGUCAUCUCCUCCGAUGGACAGUUUGCCCUCUCUGGUGCUUGGGACGGUACCCUGCGCCUUUGGGAUCUUACCACGGGUCUUACAACCCGCAACUUUGUUGGCCACACCAAGGAUGUUCUGAGCGUGGCCUUCUCUGCAGAUAACCGCCAGAUUGUAUCAGGCUCCAGGGACAAGACCAUCAAGUUGUGGAACACCCUUGGUGUUUGCAAAUAUACCAUUCAGGAUGAGGGACACAGUGAGUGGGUGUCUUGUGUGCGUUUCUCCCCCAACAGCAGCAACCCCAUCAUUGUCUCCUGUGGUUGGGAUAAGAUGGUCAAGGUGUGGAACUUGGCUAACUGCAAGCUCAAGACCAACCACAUUGGGCACACAGGAUUCCUCAACACAGUGACUGUCUCUCCUGAUGGCUCUCUGUGUGCAUCUGGCGGAAGGGACGGCCAGGCUAUGCUGUGGGACCUGAAUGAGGGCAAGCACUUGUACACCCUGGACAGCGGUGACACAAUUAAUGCCCUUUGCUUUAGCCCCAACCGCUACUGGCUGUGUGCAGCCACUGGACCUAGCAUCAAAAUCUGGGAUCUGGAGGGCAAAAUCAUUGUAGAUGAACUGAGACAAGAGGUCAUCAGCACAAACAGCAAGGCCGAGCCCCCACAAUGCACCUCGCUGGCCUGGUCAGCUGACGGACAGACCCUGUUUGCCGGCUACACUGACAACCUGAUCCGUGUGUGGCAAGUCACCAUUGGAACACGAUAA